UACCCAACAUUUGCAUGCAAUAACUAUAAAACCAACGCCCGAGUCUUAACCAGCUGUUAGGUGCAACUACACAAGUUCAAGAAUUUGUCUCCCUAACAAUUGCUUGGAUGCCAAUGGCGCCUACAACCACCACCACCGUGAUUCCCGCUGCUGCCACCACCACCGCGGCUUCUAUGGCGAUCACCCAAAUCAAGAAAGACCAAUCGGGUGGAAAAGAAGAGAAAGACCAGGAGCUAAUAAGCCCAGAGCUGAAGCAGCUUCUCCCAUCUCUCCCAAUAGAAAAGGGCUGGCGAACCUCCCAUCUCUAUCUUUUCCAAGGCUUUUGGUCUCACCCAAAGGUCAUCCAAGCCGUCCUCUCCGCCCAGCGCCACUUCCCGGCCCUCGACACUGAUAUCCUCCUCGCGACCAUCCCGAAAUCAGGCACAACCUGGCUCAAAGCCCUCACCUUCGCCAUUGUGAACCGAACUCGGUUCAAACCCUCCAAGAAGAACCACAACCACCCUUUGCUCAACUUCAACCCCCAUGACCUUGUGCCUUUCCUUGAAUACAAGCUCUACACUGACCGCCACCGGAUUCCCGACCUCUCUGCCGACUGCAACAGCCUUCACUCCUCCCCAAGGCUCUUCGCAACGCACGUCCCGUUCACGUCGCUGCCAAUAUCAGUCAGGAAGUCUGGCUGCCGGGUGGUGUACCUGUGCCGGAAUCUAUUGGACACUUUCGUGUCCAUAUGGCAUUUCCUCAUCGGUGUGAGGCCAGAAGGACUGGGUCCAUUUUCACUCAAGGAAGCAUUUGACAUGUACUGCAAAGGGGUUGUAGGCUUUGGUCCAUACUGGGUGCAUAUGUUGGGGUAUUGGAAGGAGAGCAUAGAGAAACCACACAAGGUUUUGUUCUUAAAGUAUGAGGACAUGAAGGAAGACAGUAGCUUUCAGCUGAAGAGGCUGGCUGAGUUUUUAGGGUUUCCUUUCUCAGUGGAGGAGGAGAGAGAUGGGGUGAUAGAGGAGAUUUCUAGGCUGUGUGGCUUUGAGAACUUGAAGGAGUUAGAGGUGAACAAGAGCGGGAAGUCUAUUGAGAACUUUGAGAACAAGAGCUUGUUCAGGAAAGGGGAAGUAGGGGACUGGGUGAAUUACCUGAGCCCUUCCAUGGUGGAGCAAUUGUCCAGUGUCAUGGAGGAGAAGUUGAGUGGCACUGGUCUUUCAUUCAAGGUGUUAAUUUCAUAGAACAGAUUGAUUAACCAGAGGGGGCUUGCACUUGGCAGUGUUCAUCUUAAUUUCUAUUCUUCGUGGGAGUUGGAUGAAACAGUGAUCAAUUAGUGCAGCAAAGCAGAAUAAAUAAUGUAAGAGCUCAUAUAUAUACCUACCUGUAUAUGUACUUUAAUCAGAAAUGAAAAUAACUUUGGUA